AGGAGGAGGAGGAGGAGGAGGGGAAGGCAGGAAGGAGGAGAGAGGAGGGGAAAAAAAGGCACCGCGGCAGAGGCGCCGGCAGCGCGGAGAAGGGUCGGCGGCCGGCGGGCACCCCCGCACCCAUCAGCCGGAUCAAGACUCCGUGUGGAUUAAAACCACUGGGAAGAAGGAGGAAAAAAACCCAAACCAAAACCAACCAAAAACCAAAAAAAAAAACCCGCCCCGAAACCCCGCAUCAGGACGACCUGGGCUUUAAAAAAGGGAUACAACACUCUGGAUGCGCUCGUCCGCCUCUUUUGUGACAGAUGCUUAAACCGACGUCCAGACCUUAGGGUUGGUUUUUAAAAUUUAUUAAUUUUUUAAUAAUUUUUUUUUUUUUUUUUAUAAAUAAGACGCCGGUUUGGCUCGCGUUUUUCAGUUUCGCCUCCCGAUUCUGCCGUGCGCCGCAUCCCUGCCCCCGCGCCCCUUCCCCGGCGUGGCGGGUUGAUGGGCGCCGCGGCCCCCGGGCGCCCGAGGCUCCCCCGCGUCUCGGGCCGCGCUCCGCACCCGCGCAGGGCGGCGCGGCGCCGGCAGCCCCCGCCCGCCUCCCCCCGCGCCGGGCGCCGCGGGCUCUAGACGGGGAUUUUUUUUUUUUUUUUAAAUUUUAUUUUUUCUUCGCUUUUUUGGGCAAAGCCGGAGCGAGCGGCGGCUCUUACCCUUCCCCCUUCCCUCCCCCCCGGCACCUCCUCCCUUUAUUUUUUUCUUUUUUUUUUUUUUUCCCCUCCGUCCUUUAAAUUUUAUUUUUUUUUUGGGGGGUGCAAUUUUUUUAAUUUUAAUUUUCUCGCAGCGGGCGGAGGCGCGGCCGGCGCAUCCCCCCGCGGGAGGCGGCGGGACCCGCGGCCCCAGCGCGGAGACUGGCGCAUGCCACGACCCGCCUCGGCCCCGCUGCCCCCCGCCGCUGCCCCCCGCCGCCGCCGCACCCCGGCUGCCGGCCCCUUCAUGCUCGGCGGACGACAUGCCCGUUUUGUAGCCGGGGGCCCCUCCUCUCGUCCCGCAUGUUCAGGACCAAACGCUCGGUGCUCGUCCGGCGGCUCUGGCGGAGCCGCGCGCCCGGCGGCGAGGAGGAGGAGGAGGCGGCGGCGGGCGAGCCCGGCGCGGCGGCGGCGGGGGCCGAGCCCCGGGCGCACCUGGGCGGGGGUCGCGGGUGCUGCCCGGGCAAGGCGGCCCGCGGCGGGCGGGCGGCGGCGGGCGCGGAGGCGGAACUGAAGGCGCUGACCCACGCCGUGCUGAAGCGGCUGAAGGAGCGGCAGCUGGAGGGGCUGCUGCACGCCGUGGAGUCCCGCGGCGGGGCGCGGACCCCCUGCCUGCUGCUGCCCGCCAAGGCCGACUCGCGGCUGGGGCAGCACUGGUACCCGCUGCCGGUGCUGCUCUGCAAGGUGUUCCGCUGGCCCGACCUCCGCCACUGCUCAGAAGUGAAGCGGUUAUGUUGCUGUGAAUCCUACGGCAAGGCUCACCCCGAGCUCGUCUGCUGCAACCCGCACCACCUCAGCCGGCUCUGCGAGCUAGAGUCUCCCCCUCCACCCUACUCCAGAUAUCCAAUGGAUUUUCUCAAACCAACUGCAGAUUGUCCAGACUCUGUGCCUUCCUCCACUGAAACAGGGGGAACUAAUUGUCUAGCCCCUGGGGGGCUUUCAGAUUCUCAAGUUCUUCAGGAGCCAGGGGAUAGGUCACACUGGUGUGUGGUGGCAUACUGGGAAGAGAAGACGCGCGUGGGUCGGCUGUACUCUGUCCAAGAGCCCUCCCUGGAUAUCUUCUAUGAUCUACCUCAGGGGAAUGGUUUCUGCCUCGGACAGCUCAACUCAGACAACAAAAGCCAACUGGUGCAGAAGGUCCGCAGCAAGAUCGGCUAUGGCAUCCAGCUCACCAAGGAAGUGGACGGCGUGUGGGUGUACAACCGCAGCAGUUACCCCAUCUUCAUCAAGUCGGCCACACUGGACAACCCCGACUCCAGGACGUUGCUGGUUCACAAAGUGUUUCCGGGUUUUUCCAUCAAGGCUUUUGACUACGAGAAGGCGUACAGCCUGCAGAGACCCAACGACCACGAGUUCAUGCAGCAGCCGUGGACCGGAUUUACCGUUCAGAUCAGCUUUGUGAAAGGCUGGGGCCAGUGCUACACGAGACAGUUCAUCAGCAGUUGCCCGUGCUGGUUGGAGGUUAUUUUUAAUAACCGAUGACUCGAGACAGUGUGGACUCAUGACAUUUAUACUACUUUGCUGCUACUAUUUCCUUCUGAGUGCUUGCUUUUCAUGCAAACUUUUUGGUUUUGUUUUGUUUUUUGUUUGUUACCCCUCUCUUCGUUUUGAGAAAUAGCUUAUGGAAAGAUAUUUUUUUUUUUUUCUCGCCUUGGGGGUAUUUUGAUAAAUAUAUCUAUUUUUUAGAAGUGUGAAUGACCAAUGACUCAGAAGGGUGAGAGAAGGGUGCAAGGGGGAUAUCUAGAAUCACAUAAGAUAAUUAUUUCACACCUUUGAAGGGGAUCGACGGAUUUGAAAGCCACUUGCUCUAUGUUACAGCUCCUUCUCUUGGACAAAUCAACAAGAUACCUGUAUUUUUUACGCACCACCUUCCCAACCCUGGUGACGGUGACACCGAGAUCCCUUCCCCAGCGGUGCUAACCCUGCGUUGCCGCCGGAGGAUGGUGCAAAACUUUCCCAACCGGGUCUUUUACCGACCCUUUUGAAUUUUUAUUGUAUUUUUCUUGUUGCUGGGUUUGUGUCUUGUCACUGUGUUCAUCCUUCCACUGCUUUUUCCGUGUGUUUUACGGCCGUGGAUUUGAUGCAAGGGGAGAAAACAACAGCGGAGGAGCUUCGCCCAUGGCCCGUGCUUGGUAAUUUCAGCUGAGAUGUGAAGCGACAGAAGCCUAAGCCUAAAAAAAAAAACCCAACCAUAAAGCAAAACAAAAGAAAAAAAAACAAAUGGGGAAAACAAAAAGACAAAGUGUUCACCAUAGUUGGUCUGUUGUAACCUGCUUAGAUCAGGUUAUCCAGGUACCACCUUAUCUGGAAAUGCAGUUGUGCUUUCAUUUCUUCUUGAAUUCAUACACGAGUAUGAUACUUUUACACUGUUCUUAGCUCAAUGAGCAUGUUUAGACCUUAACAUAAGCUAUUUUUCUAAAUAUAAAGGUUUAAUUGAACAAGAGAGCAUUCUCAUUGGAUCUUUAGCAUUGUAGUGCUUUCGAAAUACACACACACACACAAAAAAAAAAGGACUCCUUAAAAAACCCUGAGAUUUAUUAAAGAAAAAAAUGUAUUUUAUGUUAUAUAUAAAUAUAUUAUUACUUGUAAAUAUAAAGACUUUUAUAAGCAUCAUUAUUUAUGUAUUGUGCAAUGUGUAUAAACGAGAAAAAAUAAGAAAGAUGCACUUUGCUUUAAUAUAAAUGCAAAUAACAAAUGCCAAAUUAAAAAAAAAAAAAAAAGAACACGAGAUUGGUGUUUUUUCUAUGGGUGUUAUCAUCCAGCUGAAUGUUGUUUUUUUUUUCUAAAGGAGUUUAUGUUCUGUUAAAAAAUAAAAAUGUACACUUGA